AUGACGUCGAUAGGCACUGGCUACGAUCUCUCCAACUCCGUCUUUUCACCCGAUGGUCGAAACUUUCAAGUGGAGUAUGCGGUAAAAGCAGUUGAAAAUGGCGGUACCUGCAUUGGCAUCCGGACGAAGCACGGAGUUGUUCUGGCUUGCGAGAAGAUCAUCACCUCGAAGCUACUGAAGCCCGGUGCCAAUAAACGGAUAUCCACAGUGGACCGCAAUGCAGGCAUUGUUACUUCAGGGCUAUUACCAGAUGGUCGGCAUCUCAUUAACAGAGCAAGAGACGAGGCGAGCAGCUGGAGACAAACAUACAAAGCUCCCAUUCCUACCUCCGCUCUAGCAUCAAGGAUCGGGAGCUAUGUGCAAGCAUACACGCUCUACUCCAGCGUCCGCCCGUUUGGCAUCACAGCUAUCUUGGGAGGCUGGGACUCAGAAGCCGAGCUGGGUGUUGACGGCCAGGUCGGAGAAGGUCCAAAAUCUGGUUCAGGAGGCAAGUCUGAGGACGAAACGACCCAGCGAGGUGGUCCUGGUCUUUACAUGGUGGAGCCGAGUGGUCUCUAUUGGGGCUACUACGGUGCUGCAACUGGCAAAGGACGACAAGCUGCAAAGGCCGAGUUGGAAAAGCUAGAUCUAAGUUCACCUACCUGCGCGCUCAGCCUCAAAGAUGCGGUCAUGGAAGCCGCCAGGAUCAUUUAUGUCGCACAUGAAGACUCGAAAGACAAGGAGUUCGAGCUCGAAAUGACUUGGAUCUCUAGCCUGGAUGGACCGACAAAGGGUCGACAUGAACAAGUGCCACAAGAGUUACUCGAAGAGGCUGAGAAGACGGCCAAGAAGACUCUCGAAGGGGACGACGAUGACGAUGAGGAAGAGGAUGCAAUGCAGGAGUAA